AUGGCUUCUCGUAAGAAACGUGCUGCGAAGAUUUCAGAGGAUUCAGAGGAGGAACAGAGUCGCCGUCAACGGUUACAAGCCAUUCUUCUCGCUGACAGUUUCGCCACGAAACUCCUUCCCUUAACCUUAGAACGCCCCAAUGUCUUGUUACCGCUAGUGAAUAUUCCCAUGAUUGAUUACACCUUAGCUUGGCUCGAAUCUGCUGGCAUAGAAGAAGUUUUCGUCUUUUGCUCGAUGCAAGUCAUCGAUUAUCUGAACAACUCUGACUGGUACUCGCACAAAGACUUUACGGUAAAAACUAUAGAGUCACCGCAAAACUCCACCAGUGCUGGUGAUGCUUUGCGUUAUAUCUACGAGCAGCAGAUUGAGACGUCUCAGAUUCAAGGUGACUUUGUUCUUGUUAAUGGAUGUAUUGUUAGUAACAUGCCCCUGACGCAGCUGAUUCAAGAACACAGAGAUAGAAAAAAGAAAGAUGAGAAAGCUAUCAUGACUAUGGUUAUCAGACAGUCACUCAUCACCGAUCAUCAACUCUUCAUCGCUGUAAAUCCUUUAACAAAACAGCUUCUUUAUUACGAUGAGGACAACAUCUGCUUCGAUAAAUCAUUGCUGGAUCGUAAUCCAUCUGUUUUGUUAUGUAGUGAUAUGCAGGAUUGUUACAUUGACAUAUGUUCUCUUGAGGUGCUUAGUCUAUUUGUGGAUAACUUCGAUUACCAACAUAUGCGUUGUGAUUUUGUGGAAGGUGUUCUUGCUGAUGACAUUAUCGGUUACAAGAUUUUCACUCAUGAGAUUAGCUCGUGUUAUGCUUCUAGGAUUGAAAAUUUCAGGAGCUAUGACAUGGUGAGCAAGGAUAUAAUCCAGAGGCGGACAUUCCCGUAUGUACCGGAUAUGAAGUUCAGCGGAAAUCGCACUCUUAAGCUCGAGAGACAAGGGAUCUACAAGGCUUCUGAUGCUACUCAGUUACCAUCUGCUCAUGUUGGAGCUUCCUAUGUCAUUGGACAUGCCACAAAUAUUGGGAGUGGGACUAAGAUCUUGAACUCUGUUAUUGGGAAUGGAUGUUCUAUUGGAUCAAAUGUGGUGAUCCAAGGCUCAUACAUAUGGAACAAUGUUACGGUUGAAGAUGGAUGUGAGAUAAGGAAUGCUAUUGUAUGUGAUGAGGUGAAAGUGUGUGCAGGAGCUAUUGUGAAACCUGGUGUUGUGUUGUCUUUUAAGGUUGUAGUCGGGAGGGACUUUGUUGUACCUGCAUAUUCACAGGUUUCACUACUCCGACAACCAAUGGAAGAAGACAGUGAUGAAGAAAAUCUUUUGUCAGGUGUAGAUUUGCAAAUGGAGUCUAAGCUUGGUCUUGAUGGAGCAGGUUACAUAUGGCGCCAAGCGUGUGAAGACGAGUGGAAGCAUUCUGUUCCACCAAUCCCCAAAGAUAAACUUGCUGAGAUCAUUAAGGCCAUUGACGAUGAUGACACGGAUGAUGAAAGUGUUGUCACAACUUCCGGCGAUGCUAAUACUAGUAUUAACAAUGAUCUCUUUGACUUUGAGAGAGAGGUUGAUGGCACCUUCUUAAGGGCUGUCGAAGAGAAUAUUGUAGCCGACCUUGCGGUUUUGGAGAUAAACUCACUCCGGUUGUCAUAUAACAUGGAAUCUGCACAUUGUGCUGGUGCAAUAUUCUACUCUAUGAUGAAACUAGCAGUUAGUACUCCACAUAGCUCUAUUAAUGACUUGUAUAGAAACGCAUCGAGUAUCAUUACUCGAUGGAAGGGACUUCUUGGGUUCUAUGUAAAGAAAAGUGAUGAACAGAUAGAAGUAAUAUCGAGAUUGGAAGAGAUGUGUGAAGAAUCUGCUCAUGAGUUGGGAACUUUGUUUGCUCAUAUUUUACGUUAUAUGUAUGAGGAAGAGAAUGACCUUUUGCAAGAAGUUGCAAUCUUGAGAUGGUCGGAUGAGAAAGCCGGAGCUGAUGAAUCUGACAAAGUUUAUCUGAAACAAUGCGAGCCAUUCAUAACGUGGCUCAAGGAAACAUCUGACGAUGAAGAUGGCUAA